AUGGAGUGUUGUUUCACAGAUUUCAAGAAAUGUGAUGAUGGCUUUUGUGUAAGUCCUGCAUUUGCUGCAGUUGCCCCUGAUUGUUGUGAACCGGCAGAAUGCUAUGAGGAAAAACCAGUAUUAUAUUGCUGUGAAAAGAAACCCCCAAAGGUUGUGUAUUGCUGUCAGAAUAAAGAGGUAGUCUAUAAUUGUAAUAAGAAGCCCCCAGGGGCAGCGCAUCAUUCAGAAAAGAAGCCUACAAAAGUAGUUUAUUGCUGUGAAAAGGAACCUCCAAAAGUUGUAUACUACUGUGAAAAGCCUGCUACACCACCAUCACCACCACCAAAACAUUGCUGCGAGGAAAGUUGUAGGCCAGUGAAGACUAAAUACAUUAUGCCUUGCUACAGAUACGAGGAUGGACGAAUAGUUGAGAAGCUACCCGUAACAGCAUUUAAACGCAAUGGAAUGCAGGACCAAGAGCACUCAAAGCUCCUGGGCACAGUGAAUUUCCUCGUACGUUCUCCUCGUGAUGUAUCCAUCGAAUGUCCCGAUAAUCAACCGACGGUGCUGAUGCGUCGCGCUUGUGAGGUGGCAUGCGGGCGCCGUAAGCCUUUUGUCGCAUCUUCGUAUCACGUAGACGCCGACCACGAAGAACGGCGGUACCAUUCAGAAGAUGGAAAGGGUAACUUAUGCUUCCACUACGAAAGAAAACAGCCUGAAUAUAAUUGUUGUGUGCCCAAUGUUUGUUGCGACCCUGUCUGCGUUCCUACCAGUCGAUGUCAUACCAUGUGCAGGCAUCAUAGACAUUUCGUGUCAUGUUUGCCUGCAAAUCCCUGCAGCGCUCCCAACUGCUGCUACUACUAUGGUGUAUAA